AAAUCUCAUCCCAUCUUUGUAGUUAAUUAACAAAUAAAAAUCCUUAGCCAUGGCGGUCACUACUAAGCUCUUGUUAGCUAUACUUCUCUCGGCUUUUCUUGUAUCUGCAGCAAAUGCAGUUAGAGACUAUCAGGGCCAGCAAGGUCAGCAAGGCACUCGUCUGACUCAAGCUCAACAAUGCCGCUUACAGAGGCUCACUGGAAGCCAGCCCUCUGAUCGCAUUGAGUCAGAGGGUGGCUUCACUGAGGUGUGGGACGAGAACGAGGAGCAAUUCCAGUGCGCUGGAGUUGCUCCCAUGAGGAAUGUUAUUCGACGCAAUUCUCUCUCUUUACCUAAUUUCCAUCCCAUGCCUCGCUUGGUUUACAUCGAGCGUGGCCAGGGUAUACUUGGAAUUACUCACCCUGGCUGUGCUGAGACUUUCCAGUCUCAGCCGCAGUCCUUCCAGGCUGGCAGAGAGCCAAGGGAAGAGAGAGGCCAAGGCCGCAGAGGUGACCAGCACCAGAAAGUCCACCGUAUUCGCCAAGGUGAUGUCGUGGCAAUUCCAGCUGGCGCUGCUCAUUGGUGCUAUAAUGACGGUGAGGAAGAGCUUGUGGCUGUCUCCAUUAACGACCUCAACCAUCGAUCCAACCAGUUAGAUCAGAACUUGAGGGCAUUUUACUUGGCUGGUGGAGUACCAGAAAGUGGGAGGCAAAGAGUUCAAAUUGGUCUAAGAAGGCAAAGCACACAGAGGUUCCAAAACAUUUUCCGUGCUUUUGACACAGAAUUGAUGGCAGAGGCCUUCAACGUUCCACAAGAGCUUGUGAGGAGGAUGCAAGAAGAACAGAGCGAACGCGGAUUAAUUGUCAAUGUCAAGGAAGGAAUGCGCAUGGUUAGGCCCGAUGAAGAAGAAGAAUUUAAAGAGCGUCCACGACGAGGACAACAAUGGUGGGAGGAAGCAACUGGAAAUGGAUUGGAAGAAAACAUUUGCACAAUGAAAAUCCGCACCAACAUGCAACACCGAAGACAAGCUGACCUCUUCUCAAGGCAAGCCGGCAAAAUUAACCAUGUCAAUCGCCAAAAACUUCCCAUCCUUAAAUACAUGGACAUGAGUGCUUCAAAAGGAACCCUCUAUCCGAAUGCACUGAUAACCCCUCACUGGUCAGUAAACGGCCACUGCGUGGUAUAUGUGCAAAGAGGAGAUGCGCAAGUGCAGGUAGUAGACCACAGCGGGCAACAAGUGAUGAGCGACAGGGUGAAUCAAGGAGAGAUGUUUGUGGUUCCUCAGUUCUUUGCGUCGACAUUGAGAGCAGGGCAGAAUGGAUUUGAAUUUGUGGUGUUUAGGACAAGUGGUGAACCAAUGAACAACCAACUUGCAGGUUACACAUCAGUGAUUAGAGCAAUGCCUGUUGAGGUCCUCACAAAUGCUUACCAGAUAUCUCCAAAUGAAGCACAACGAUUGAAGGUGAAUAGGGGUGGAGAGAGUUUCCUGCUAUCUCCCCAGCGAGGGUCCUCUUAAAAAAUGGUUUGAAUAUGUGUAGUAAUACCUCGUUUCUUAUAGUCUUUGUUUUUAGACAAAGACAAGCAAGAGCGACUUGUAAUUAGGAGCAAAUAAUGUUAACUAAUAAGGCUCCUGCCUUUUUGUUUCCUAAA